UUUUGAAGACUACAUUUCCCAGAAGCGCAUUGGGUGAUGAGCGACAGCUGAAUGGACGGAUCUUUCGUCGCGGGGCGGUAGUCGUGGGAGUUCAAAACGCUCUGCGGCUGCGCAGUGGGUUACUGCGCUCACAACUGUACACAUUCACCCGAGAGAUUCCGAUGCGAAGGUUUGGACAAAUCAGCCCUCAUUCAGAAAUGGAGACUCUGCUGAAGGUCGGCGGAUAGGCAUCGGGCUUCCCUUCGUCUCUGCUGCUGCCAGUGUAAAAGACAUCUUGCGUCUUCAAUGACACUGACGGCGAGUGAAAGCUGAAGCUGUCCACGCGUCCGACUCCACUACUCAUCCCUACGCGUCUCCCUCCGCCCGGAGGUCUUCAGAAUGUAUCAGAUCGUCCCUGUGGCUCCCGGGGAGCAGCAGAUGGCCGGGGGAGCUGGUGGCUCUCCAAUGAAGAAGAAACUGAGUCGCGAAGGCCGGCCCCUGGUGGCGGCAGGCAUAUUGGGCUGCGUGCUGGUGGUGGCUGCUGUAGUUGCCUGGUGCUACUACUCGGCGUCCCUCCGCAAAGCGCAGCUGCUGAAGGCUGAGCUGCUGGAACUCGACAAAGACGGUUUUGUUAUUCAUAACCAGGCCGGGGCUGUCAUCUUCAGUAUGAACUUCAGGUCUGGCACUCUGGAUCUGGACUCCUGCUCAAAGGAGAGGAACAUUCUGAGCUGCAGCCGGUCCGGUUCUGGCAAGCUCAACUUCUUCAUCCAGACGGUUCGACUGAAGGACACGGUGAUGUGCUACCGCGUCCGCUGGGAGGAGCUUCAAAGCAAGCGCUUGGUGGAGCACGCCAUGGCCUACAACGACUCUCAUUGGUACGGAGGGGCGGAAACGGCCACCCAGCACUGGCCUAUCAGGAUGCAGGGUGAGGAGGAGCCGCAGCCUUUCAUCACCAGUGACGUCUACUCGAAUCGUAACGCCUUCGGGGGGAUCCUGGAGCGCUAUUGGCUGUCCUCGAAUGCGACUGCCAUCAAGAUUAAUGACUCUGUUCCGUUUCAUUUGGGCUGGUCGGAGAAGGACAGGACACUCAGGUUCCAGGCCCGAUAUGAGGACUCUCCCUUCAGACCACCAGAGGGUCAGCAGGCCUUACCUGAACUCAGCUAUCGAGUGUGUGUGGGAUCAGAUGUUACCUCGAUUCACAAAUACAUGGUGCGUCGGUAUUUCCCAAAGCCCAUCAAGGUGCCAUCUCCCGAAGUCUUCAAACAGCCAGUGUGGUCCACAUGGGCUCUCCACAAGACGGCGGUGACUCAGGAGAAACUGCUGCGCUACGCCUCCGACAUCACCAAGUACGGCUUCACGUGCUCCCACCUGGAGCUGGACGACCGCUACACGGCAGACUACGGAGAGUUUGACUUUGACCCGCAGAAGUUCCCCAACGCUAGCGGCAUGUUCGACAAGCUCCGGGAGGACGGGUUUCAAGUGUCGCUCUGGACGCACCCUUUCAUCAACUACGACUCCAUUAAUUUCGGCGUCGCUGUGGAGAAGGGGCUGUUCGUCCGGGAGCCGAGUGGCGAGCUGCCCGCACUGGUGCGCUGGUGGAACGGCAUUGGGGGGAUCCUGGACUUCACCAACCCGGAAGCCCGCGAGUGGUAUUCCUCGCACCUGCGCAUGAUCAAAACCCGCUACGACGUGACGUCCUUCAAGUUCGACGCGGGAGAGACGAGCUACCUGCCACGCCAGUUCAGCACCCAUGUCCCACUGUCGGACCCCUCCACCUUCACCCGCCGCUACACGGAGAUGGCCAUCCCGUUCAGUGAGCGCGCGGAGCUCAGGGUGGGGUACCAGAGUCAGGACAUCUCCUGCUUCUUCAGGAUCAUUGACCGAGACUCUGUGUGGGGUUAUGAGCUUGGCCUCAAGUCCAUCAUCCCGACUGUUCUCACUAUCAGCAUUCUGGGCUACCAGUUUGUCUUACCUGAUAUGAUAGGAGGGAAUGCAUACCCCAACCGCACCGCAGCUGGUUUAGACGGCAAGAACGUUCUGCCGGACAGAGAGCUGUACAUCCGAUGGUUGGAGCUGUCUGCUUUUAUGCCCGCCAUGCAGUUCUCUAUACCACCGUGGGCCUACGACAAUGAGGUGGUGCAGAUAGCGCUGAAGUUCACAGGGCUCCACGAGACCCUGGUGGCCCCGAGGGUUCUCGAACUGGCAGGCAAGGUGCUUGAUACUGGGGACCCGAUUAUCCGGCCCCUCUGGUGGAUCGCCAAAGACGACGAGGCGGCGUACAAGAUCGACUCCCAGUUCCUGAUCGGCGACGACCUGAUGGUGGCGCCGGUGUUGGAGCCGGGGAAGCAGGAGAGGGACAUCUACCUGCCUGCAGGGCGCUGGAGAAGCUACAAGGGGGAACAUUUUGACAAGGGGCCCAUGUACCUCACCGACUACCCUGUGGACCUGGACGAGAUAGCUUUCUUCACGUGGGUCCACUGAAGGCAUUAAAUACAUGCAUACAUGCAGUACAUACAUACAUACAUACAUACAUACAUACAUACAUACAUACAUACAUACAUACAUACAUACAUACAUUUUUCAAAGGGAAACGACUACUAAAAGGGAUCAAAAAGGGAGCAUAUUGUGAUUUGUAUUUAAAAAAUGUCUUCUCACGUCUCCUGAACUGCGCUUUCUUUGGACUACCACCCAAAGAAUUAGAAUGAAAACCUUCUGAUUUUCUCGCUCCAUCCAUAAGCCGAUCCUCAUCCUCAUGUGCCUUCCACAGCCGAUAGUUAGACCGAUCUCUGAUUGUAGCGUCAUCGCAGUAUUCCACCUGAUGGACAUCUAGAGUGCUCCAAGGCCCACGGCUCGAGUGGUUUGGGUUUUUAAGGCUGAUGAAGGGGUAGAUGAAAUACUUUUUCAUUCCAUGUUUUUUUUCUUUUUUGUGGGCUGACUGGGUUGGGCACUGAACCGGCAAUAAAUACGCACAGAUGCACUCAGAGGGCAUGCCUAAUCUUAUGUCACCAUGGCAACUGCUGUAUGGUGGAGAACACCCCGAAGUACCUAUGGUUGAAGUUAUCAUGCAUUCAUUAGCAUUGCGCUGACUGCAGCGUGUGGGUCACUUUGUCUUUUUUAUAUUUAUGAAUGUUUGAUUUGAAGAAUAGUUUUUGAGUCUAUACGUAGUAAAUUGCCGUGACUCUGCUAGAUCCCCAAAUUAGUGCCCCAAAUUUAGUGCAAAUAUUUGUACGUCUACAUUCCUGUGACCAGCAUUUCAGUGCCAAAAUUGUACUCCUCCAUUAAUCGCCGUCUUCCAUCCGCUCAGGGGAAAUUUAAAAGAAGUUGGAAUUAAUUUUGUGGAUCCACGGCACGAAAUGGAUGUAUUGCACCGACACUACUGGUUUGCCUUGUUAAACGGGUAUUGUUCUCAAAGAUGCCAUGUUAUAACGUCCCGUCCGUGUCUGCCUUGUAACUUUAUUUGCCUUAUCGGCUGAACUAAGCUGUGCCGUCCUGAAACACACAGUGAUAUAUAUGCUUGAUGCUUUGCACAUUUCACAUUUGGGAGCAUUGCCAUUGCAAAGUAAUCUGAAUACGUGUCUGUCUGCUCUUACACAGUGAUUUCUGGUGUGGAAGUAAAAACACACUACUGGUAAAGUCAUCUAAAUGCCUUGCUUGAAAAUAAUAAUAAUACAAUAUAAGCUAGAGUGAGCACUGCUAUGCACCUGUUCAAGUCACUAUAUAUAUAUAUAUAUAUAUAUA